GUCAUUAACAAACAAACAUGGCGACUUCAUCCACCCCAAAAAAUUAUAAAUAAAUCGUUAAAAAAGGCUCCAAUAUGCAGCCUCCGAUAGUGAAUUUCCUUCAUUAAGAAAAGUAUAGGAAUUAUUGACAAGUUACUUCAUAGAAAACACAAUGUAUUCGGAGUGGGUGUCCCUAAACCACACGUUAAGAGCAGAUAAGAGGAAUAGGAGUGUGUUGAGAAGCUUUCCCCGUCAUGUAGGCAGAGAAAUCGCACAUACUAUUGUAACGACACUGAUUCAAGACCAAGGGCUGCCCGAUAAAAAAAAACUGUCCUCGUCUAGUGAGGUUGACUGGGUCAUGGAAGUUUUCUGUUAUGGCCUUUCUCUGCCGAUGACCGAAACAGAUGGAGAAAUCAUUAAGGGGUGUGUGAAUGUCUACAUAGAGUGGCUUGGUGUGAUGCUUAUGGAAGAUCGAGACAAGGUCAUACCAGAACCGCUACUCAAGGAGCCUGUCAAAUAUGUACAGAAAAUCUUCCAGCAUUUGAAAAAUUUGUUCUUGAUCCGAAAUGAUAACGGCAGUAACCUUGCUCUCCAAGCAUCGUUGUGUAUUCGCGUACUCCAGUUUUUCAAAGUCAUUGCCAGCGAAAGUCAACUUUCUCCAGAAAUUUGGGAUGCUUUACUUUGCUUGAUGCUUGUCAUUAAUGAACAGCUACUUUCGCCGCCCUACAGUGCAGGAGGACUUAGUGAACAUCUUAAAGAAAUCCUCAUUAAUAGUCUUCUGGAAGUAUGGCUACACGCAAGUGUUCAGUAUUUUCCUCCUCCGUCGAUGUGGAAAACAUUACAAGAGCUUUGUAUGUCUUGGCGACAUCAUAAUGCUAUGAUAGAGUACUGGAGCAGUACUGUGUUAAUGCUGACGAGAAAGGUUAUCAAAUAUCUCUAUGGGAACUCCUUCCCUUUGCCACCUCUCAAGUCCAAGAAAAAUGAAGUCCAAAUUCCUGCAGUAAUGAACAAAGAGACACUCCUUCAGACAUGGUUCAGGAUACUUCACAUCAUUAGCAACCCUGUGGAUCUUUGUAACAGAGAAAUUAUUAGUGAUACGGGGAAAUUCAAGGAGUUUGCUCUGUCAUGCCAAGACGUUACCUAUCCAUCAGCUCAUCCAUGCUUGGAUUGUCUUCCAGAAAUCUUUUUGCAAGCAAUGAAAGGAAUUGCAGUAAUGGUGAACACUUUUCUGUGUAUCACAACCACACACAACCAACCUGUGAAGCAUAAUCCUAUAAAUGCACCUGUUAAAGGAUCAAGUCCCUCGGCAUCUAAAAAGCGUGAGAUAAAGACACUCAGCACAGGACUGGCUUUAGGCCUGGCGGAUAACAAAGGUCUAGGUAUACGAUCAUUGACCAUGCCAUCUCGGCACAGUAGUGGCACAUCUAUGACUGGCGUCCCAAUGCCUGAUGAUGAAAUGAUAGGCGAUGAGAAAGAGAGUCAGACUCCAGCAUCUUCAUUGUUCUCUAAAUCACCCAGCUCAACUACCGCUCCAUCUGUGGACAGUGUACUAGACUUGUAUGGCGCUUGGUUGUUUGACGCAGCAUUUGCAAAGGUAGACAUGAAAGCAAGUUACGAAGCAAUUGGCGAUAUCUACGCCAAGUGUUGUGAGACAUCUGAGAAUGCUGAACGGAAUAUCCAUUCCCCAAGAAAAAUAAGUGUUGAGAGCAGCAGUAGCAUAGCAAAGAAAGACUACGCUGAUGAUGCCAAUUUCGAACCAGGCAGAGCAGAGGCAUUUGGUGCUCUUUGCCGUAUCUUCUGUAGUCCAAGGGCAGAAAAGAGCAUUCGACCAGUCUACCUCUCAAGGUUCUACUUGGCUAUAGCUACUGGUCUUCUUCAUGAUGAGACAUGUACAGGUCACAUACUAUGCAGUAUACUCCUCAAUGCACCUGAUCUGCUGCGAGUUGACUUACAAGGGGUACAGGUCCUUUUGCCGCACCUCUUAGCAGCCUUGGAGAUUGUUCUCUCUAAAAGACAAAUUAAUGUUUUAAAAUGUCCAGUGUCUAUUACUGAUCUGCGCCGAGCUGCAAUCCACCUACUAGUAUCCAUGCUUUGUCUUCCCUUGCAUUUUCAAAAUCUACCAAUUCAAGAUAUGACAGCUGGAUACCAGAAGAAGACACAGCCACCAUGUGAUGCCACACCCACCCACCCAGCAGCUCAGUUGACGUUUCUGUCAUUGAAGCCCAGGAUCACUCGUCUGCUGCUGGAUGCUUUACAGAUUGAAUCUGAUUCGUAUAAUGUGCAGAUCCUCCUUGGAGGAGUGUCAUUAAUCAUCCAAGACACAGAGAUUGCCCAGUCACUCGGCAUAGCAGAAACAAUCUCAUCCCAUCAUAUCCCUAUCACUGAAGACAAGGAACUUCCCAACUGGACUGACUUCUCAGCUCGUCAACGGGGGAGGGCCAGUACUGGAGGGAGCAGCAUGAUAUCUGAGGCUGGUAGCAUCUCCAUGGUUGAUGCCGAGACAGAAGAUAAGCUCACUUUUCUUAAAGUAUCCAGUGAAUCUUAUGAUCCUGCUACAAUUUCUGGCCUGUUUGUCCAGAUGACACAUCUAUUAUGUAACAAACUAGUGGUAACAAGAAGCAGUAAGUGGAAGCCUGACCUCCAUGUGACCCUAGCUUCUUUUGAGGUCUUGUCUGGGCUGGCACAGCUCAGCAUGCAACUCCUGGACCAAACAGAGUGUAAAAGUACCAUUCACUGGCUGUGUGACUACGUGUCCUACCAGGCCAACAAACCAGCUACCCACCACUCACGUGACCUACACUCUAUGAUCGUUGCCGCAUUUCAUUGCAUCAAGACAUGGGUUGUUGCACAUCCCUGGUUGAUGGAUGCCGAGGACUGUCUUCAAGCUGUCAUGGAAGUCGUAGAACUGGGUAUUUCUGGCAGCAAGUCAAAGGAUGCAAGACCAGAGCCUGGGCAAGAAAAAAAAGAACCGCCUCUAAAAGGUGAAAAGGAGCUGAAACCAGUGUCCUUCCGGGUACGCGAGGCAGCAGAAGGACUGCUGACAUGUAUCAUGGAACACCUGGGCUGUUUCCCUUCACCUUGUGGCCCUGCUGCCAUGUCUUCUCUGCUCAAUGAAGAGACUUUACUGGAAUACUCCAGGAACAAGAAGAGAUUAGACAAGAACGAUCGUCAGUUCCGUUACUUCGUCAUACGAGACAACACGCUGAUCCUGGGGCUACUGGAAGACUCCCUGGAAGAGAAAGAUCGUCUGCCUACUGUUGGUGCGAUUAUCCGUGCUCCAACUGGAAGACACGUCUGGACCAUGGAGCUAAGACAGUUCUCCAGGAAAAAACAUGGACUGAUUGAGGCUCACUUGACUGAUCCUGGUCGUCCAAUGCCAAGGAUUGAUCGUGCUACUGCACCUAAACCUGUAACGCACAGAUACUUCCCACCUGCGGUAGAUAAUGUACCGCUCACCAAGGCUGACCGCAGUAUUCCAGACUUGGACGAUAUCCUUGACGACAAGUUGUACGAAGUACAAGACCACAUGAAAACACUGAUGCAAAAACAGGCUGAACACGAAGCGGUAGAGCAGUGUAAGGUGAACCGUGAGAAGGCAAGACUACGCUUCCCUAGUGACGAUACUGAGAGUAUACCACUGGAACCUUGUGAAAAAUUCCAUGCAUCACGGCUACUGUUAUCUCACCUGGGACUCUUAACGGUUGAAGGUUUGAAGGGUAAUCCCGAAAACCCUUCCGAAAACUCCCUCUUCGCUUUAGACUCAACACGCGAAGGAUUUCGCGCAGCUCUUGAAGCCCUGGACACGUUACCUACUCGCACCCAGGACACUGUGUUCGUGUUUUACAUCAAGAAUGGUCAACAUGAAGCUGACGAGAUCAUUGAAAAUGAGAUCAGCUCUUGUAAACACAGCAAAUUGUUCGUCGAGUUUCUGUUAUCCCUGGGUUGGCCGGUUGAUGUAGAAACCCACCCAGGCUGGACAGGAAAUAUUCACGAGGCCUGGACACCAGCUGAUAGUGCUACAGCAGAUGAUACACGUCCGAAGAUGAGCAGAGAUAAAUCAAAACUAGCUAACAGUAUGUCCACCAUUACGAGCAGCACAUCAACCAUGGGUAUAGAUGGGGAUGUUACACACAGCUCUGACGAAGACAGUUGGCUUGGUCGAGACCGCUUCCUUACGUGCAGGGAACAACUUGAUAAUGAGGAUGGUGCGCAAAAAGAUUCUCUCACGCAAGAGAGCUCUUUCACAGACUCAGUCACACUAGUAGAUUCAGACACUGGAGCAGAUUCUGUCACGCGGGAGGAUUCCGUGACGCGAGCAGAUUCUGUCACGGGGGAAGAUUCAGUCGCACGUGAUAACUCUGUAACGCAUGAGGAUUCUGAAACUUCUGCGCAAACAGUCACACAACAGCCAGAUAAUAACUCUGAAACAUCUCCUGAAGGCCACCUGGACAAGGAACUGAACCAGAUUCUUUACUAUGCUGAUAUAAGCCGAGAGGUUGCGUUCGUCGUACCAUCGUUACUCCCUCAUUACCAGCGCUUCCGUAAAAUGAUCGUCAAAGCCGAGACAUCUGAUGAAGAUAACGAAGAAUCAGAAGAACUACCGAGGAAUCGGCUGCGCGCUCGAUCAGAGAGCAUGGGCAGCCUGGAGAUUAGUAGCAGUAGUACUAGCAGUAUGGAUAUGAGGGCACAACUGGCCAGGCAGACGUCCGACGCGGUGGGGGCGUUUGGAAGUCGAAUGGGCAAGUUUUCCGAUGGUCCUGUGGACACAGGGAAGCCCAUAGUGAAACCCAGCGCACACAGCACAUCGUCAGAAACUAAUGUGAUAGUAGCCUGGCUGGAACAUUUCCCUGACCAUGCUUGCUUCCCCAUCGAUGACUUGCUGCUCGAGAUGGACUUCGGUAACACGCAGGGGGGUUCCCACAGGGGAUUAGUCGACAAGGACACUGUGGUGAUCUUCAUUCAUAUAUUACAUAAUGGAUUAUAUCGAGUACACAUAAGGUCUACCAUAAGGUCUCCCAUUGGAGGUCCACUAUUGGACGGGAUGGUUGUGAGUCGCCGUGCCCUGGGUGCCAUGGUACGUCAGACAGCCAUGAACAUCGUUCACAGACGGCGACUGGAGAUCGAUACUUAUUCUCCCCCUCAAGUUUGCCGAAAGCUGAAAAUCCAGGAUAUCGUAAAGAAAUACAGGAAAGAAAUGUCAGUUCCGGAGUUCUACGUGUCUUUAUUUGGUGAAGAACAUUGAUUCAUUAUUCAGAUUCACUAUGAAGACAUCAAAUCUACUGGUAGCGUACGCAUGUAUUUUAGCAAUAACCGUAUCGUAUGAAAGAGUCACCGCACGCUCAGAUGAUUGCUUACCCAUCUGUGAUGGACUGUAUUAUCAGUGUAUGACGGGAUGUUAUGGGUGGGAUGAAUGCAAGAUGUGCGUUAAUGGAGCCACUCAUUGCAGAGAUAGAUGUAGUARCAAAAGAUCUCUUUCAUCUCCUGGGAAAAGUGGAAGACAUGAAAUAGGAUGGAAAAGACUUCUACAUACUCUCAAUAAACAAUAGUAGUAGUGUUYCUUGAAUGUAGUUAAGGUUAACAAUAAAAAAAACUUGAAUGAAAUAGAAAA